AUGAGUGACAGAGUGUUAUUGAAGGUAUAUUAUUUUGGUCAGAUUUUGUUACAAACAUCUGAAGGAGUAACAUUUGUUUGUGAAAAUCCGUUAGAUUUGGUGAUUCCUUUUACAAUCUCAUUUGAAGAGCUCAAGGGUGUGAUCUGUGAAAAGAUUCAUUCUGAGAGGGCAAGAAGGAUAUCAUGUAUUCUAUACAGAAAUCCUAUACAAGUGUUUGGUGGAUUCGUCCAGUUUCAAACGAAAUAUGUAACGGACGAAGCGAGCAUGCAAGAUAUGUUUUCCAUGUAUAUGGAAAAUCGGAGUCAACUGUCGUUCAUCGAGUUGUAUGUAGAGUUUGAGCAAUCUGAGGCCGACCAGAAUAUUCUACGGGAGGAUUACAAUAGCGACAGUGAAGAAGAGUUCGAAAGCAACUAUGAAGUUGUUGGUCCAGAUGGAGAUGAGGUUCCAGGUGACGGAGCUAUGGCUCCGGAUGUGUCUGAUGUGGCAACUGCUCUAGCAAACGAUGUGCCGUUUGAGGAGCCAUCAUUCAUGCGAGUUUUGGAUUUGGAAGUCAUGUAUGUUCCAGAGUUUCCGGAUUAUAUCAAUGCAGAAAUUCUUUUUGUCGCAGAUGGUGAAUUUGCCGUUGGGAUGGAAUUUAGUUCCAGGGAAGCUGUUAUUAAGGCGAUAAAAGAGUAUACUAUACGAAGAAGCGUAGAUUACCGGGUGUAUGAGUCUGAGCCGUUGACAUUUUAUGCGAAGUGUAUACAGUAUGGGUCAGGGUGUGAUUGGCUUAUCCGGGCUAACCCCGCCUUAAAGGUAAAAUCGGUUAUAGCAGAGGUGCAAUCGAAGUUCAACUACACUGUUAGUUAUCAGAAAGCAUGGUUGGCUAAGCAAAAGGCAGUGGAAAAAAUAUUCGGAGGCUGGGAGGCAUCGUACGAAGCGUUGCCUAUAUGGUUUGAGGCCAUGUGUCACAAGGAGCCGUCAGCUGUUGUUCAUUUUGAGGCUAUGCCUGCAUAUCAAGGCGAUGACUUGGUGACUGAUAUUCGGGUAUUGCAUCGUGUCUUUUGGAGUUAUUACCCCUGCAUUAGAGCUUUCAGACAUUGUAAGCCAGUUGUCCAGGUGGAUGGGACUCACUUGUACGGAAAGUACAAGGGUUGUCUAUUAGUGGCAGUGUCACAGGAUGGCAACAACAAUAUCAUCCCAAUUGCGUUUGCAAUUGUGGAGGGAGAGACUUCAGAUGCGUGGCACUUUUUUCUGAGUAACCUUCGUCAGCACGUUGUCACUCGGGAUGGUGUGGGACUGAUAUCCGACCGUCACGAAUCCAUAAAUGCAGCUGUGGAAAAGAGUAACGGGGCUUGGUCACCUUCGAGAGCCUUUCAUAUAUUUUGCAUCAGGCACAUAGAGUCGAAUUUUUUGAGGAAAUUCAAGGCGCCGUACUUGCAGAAACUGGUCGUCAACAUAGGAUAUUCGAGGACGGUGCGUGAGUACGAGGUGCGUUACCAACGUUUACGAGAACGGGACAAGGCAUACACUGACUGGUUAAACCGAAUCCCCCGGGAACAGUACGCGUUGGCUUUUGAUGGUGGAUAUCGAUGGGGUCAUAUGACGACAAAUCUGGUGGAAUGCAUCAACUCAGUAUUGAAGGGUGCAUGCAAUCUCCCCGUGACUGCCCUUGUGAAGGCAACAUUCUACAGGCUGAACGAGUUGUUUACCCGAAAAAGAGCGGAGGCGGAAGCCCGGAUUAAUGCUGGCCAUGUGUUUUCCGAUGUCGUGACCUCAAAGUUGCAUGCAAACCAACUUGCGUCAGGAAACAUUCAGGUUAGUUGCUUUGACCGGCAGAAUGAGGUCUUUGAGGUGCGUGAGAUGCCAAGUGGACUGGAGUUUGCAGUGGACCUACGUGGCCUUCGAUGUGAUUGUGGUGAGUUUCAGGUGGACCGGAUCCCCUGUCGACAUGUGUUUGCAUGUUGUGCCAACCAGCGACUGGAUUGGCAAGUAUAUGUUCAUGAUGUGUAUAAGAUGGACCAAGUUCGGAGGGUGUACCGAGCAAGGUUUAGGCCACUAGGUAACCCCACUACAUGGCCUGCUUACAACGGACCUCGGUUCAUCCCAAAUCCGUUCCUGAGACGCGUCGGGAAAGGUCGCCCAAAAAUGACGCGAUUCUUGAAUGAGAUGGACACACGAAUGUUACGUCGACCUAGGCGAUGUACGCUUUGUGGAGCUGAGGGGCACAGCCGUAGCAGAUGCCGUCGGCAAGGUGGUGCAAAUGCCAACAGAGAUCAUUAA